CCAUACCCCAAAUAUCGCCCUGUCCCUCCACAAAAAUGGCAACCUCUGCAACAGAGUGUGAGUCUGGUGGAGAAGGCAAUAAUGGCUACACCAAGAAUGGCUCUGUGGAUCUUAGAGGAAACCCGGUCCUUAGAUCAAAAGGAGGAAGGUGGACCGCUUGCUCUUUUAUUGUAGGUUAUGAGGUUUUUGAGAGGAUGGCUUACUAUGGGAUUGCAACAAACCUUGUGUUGUAUCUGACAAGGAAGCUUCAUGAAGGGACUGUCGUAUCUGCAAACAAUGUCACGAAUUGGGCAGGGACGGUCUGGAUGACUCCAAUUCUUGGGGCCUAUGUAGCUGACGCCCAUCUUGGCCGUUACUGGACCUUCGUUAUUUCCUCCGUUAUUUACUUCUUGGGAAUGUCCUUACUUACACUGGUGGUCUCCCUACCAUCGCUAAGGCCGCCCUCCUGCAAGAGCCUGCACAUUGACUGCAGUGCCCCCGGCGUUGAAGCUCCUCAAGCCUCCACAUUCCAAAUUGGGAUCUUUUACUUUGCGCUAUACGUUCUCGCGAUAGGCACUGGGGGCACCAAGCCUAACAUCUCCACUAUGGGAGCUGACCAGUUCGAUGAAACCGAUCUAUCAGAGGGGAAGCAAAAGCUCUCCUUCUUCAACUGGUGGAUGUUUAGCAUAUUCCUAGGCACUCUCUUUGCGAACACAGCCAUUGUAUACAUUCAAGACAAUGUUGGAUGGACUUUAGGCUAUGCUUUGCCGACGUUAGGAUUGCUCGUAUCGAUAGCUGUCUUCAUGGCAGGCACCCCUUUCUACAGACACAAGGUGCCUGCAGGGAGCCCCUUCACACGCAUGGCACGUGUGCUAGUCGCUGCUGCUCGCAAGUGGGAUGCAAAGCAACCAGAUGAUCCUAAGGACCUCCAUGAGUUGGAUACUUCAUACUAUGCAGCCAAGGGCUUGUUCAGGAUCAAGCCCACACCCUCUCUGAGGGUCCUUGACAAAGCGGCUGUGAAGAAUGGUGUAGACACGCCAUGGAUGCUAUGCACAGUUACUCAAGUAGAGGAAACAAAGCAAAUGAUCAGAAUGGUUCCAAUCCUGAUCGCCACCGUAAUACCUAGCACCAUGUUGGCUCAAGUGCACACCCUCUUCAUCAAACAAGGAACAACCCUUGAUAGGAGCAUGGGUCCUAACUUUGAGAUCCCACCGGCCAGCCUCGUAGCCUUCGUAACCAUAUCUAUGCUCAUAUGCAUUGUCAUAUAUGACCGGUUCAUUGUUGCAAUUUUGAGGAGGUAUACAGGUGACCCUCGAGGGAUCUCAUUGCUACAGAGGAUGGCAGUUGGCCUGAUUUUGCACAUUAUAAUUAUGAUGGUCGCAUCAUUGAUCGAGAGGGAGCGACUAAGGGUUGCGAGGAAACACGGCAUUUUUGAUAACAACAACACAAUUCCUCUCACCAUUUUCAUAUUGCUACCACAAUUUGCUCUCAUGGGCAUAGCUGAUUCAUUUUUGGAAGUUGCAAAGAUAGAGUUUUUCUAUGAUCAAGCACCUGAUAGCAUGAAAAGCUUGGGAGCUUCUUAUUACACCAGCAGUCUCGGGCUCGGAAACUUCCUCAGUACAUUCAUUCUUUCAACUGUGUCAGAUUUUACAGGAAGGCACGGACGCAAAAGUUGGAUUCUUAACAAUUUGAAUGCUUCUCAUCUAGAUUACUACUAUGCAUUCUUUGCAGUGUUGAAUUUGAUAAACUUAUUCUUUUUCUUGAUUUUGGCUAAAUUCUAUGUUUAUAAGAAUGAAGCAUUGCAACAGAGCUAGGUUUAGUAAAACCCUUUGAGAGGUCACUUGAGAAGGUCUAUACUUCAGAAAAAGAUCAAAGUAUAAUGAGUUAGGAACCAGUUUUGGAGAUUAUAGGGGAUGAUAUUCCUUUGAAAGAGGUUGGAAAAUCCCAAAGAUUAGUGUAAAGAAGGAGGCUGAAAAAUCUCCAAGAUUAAUAUAAAGAAUUAUAGAAGGUAUACCACCAUGAUUGUUCACUCACUAAUGUCAAUUGAGUUAACCAGGCUCUUGGUCUUACAUUGUGAUAACUAUUGUAUUGUUUUGUUGGGUGAGCUGGAGUUACAGAGGGGUCCCUCUAAAUAUAUCAUUUUGUACAUAGUGAGAUAAGGAAGAGUUCAUGGUGUGAUAGAGAAGAACUCCUUACUUUUCCAUGAUACAAAGCAUUUAUUUCUAGAGAAAGGCGUAUAAAAUGGCAAAUCUUUGUAUCAUUGACUAAUUUACCCAUGUUAAUGGUGAUAGAGAAUCACAUUGGAUGCAUUUGCCUUUUGUACAUCCAUUAAGGGGUUUUUUUUGUCACUACGAAAGAUGACUUGGAUAAAAGCGAAGAAAAGGUUAUUUUGGGGCACUACGAUUUUCUUUUUCUUGGUUUUCUCUAAAAGAUUAUGGCUUCUUUCGGUUACGGGGAAAAAGGGCAAGAGGUGACGAAGGUGAUUUUUUUGUCUAUUUUUGUGGAAAAAUUACGUGAGCUUGUGUUGCUCAAGUUCUUGAUUCAUCUUAAGAGAAUGACAAUGUAAAAUAUGGGUUUUAGGUGGUUUCAAGAAGGUAUUGUGGUGAUGGUUAUCACCAGUUUUUUUCCAUGCGGUGAUAUUGUAUCCCUUUCGUAAAUUUCUUUUUGAUAGUGGAAUUUUACA